CUUAGGUACAUUAAAUUCAGUAGAAACCUACACUUAUUUAGAAACAGAAAGUAGCACCAAAGAACCUCUAUUAAAUGUAGGCACUUACAAUUCUGUAAUAUACGCGUUGGCAAAUUUCUUUCAAACCGAAAGUCAACGUAAAAAACUGUUUCAUACAGAACUUCCAACUACAGAACCGAAAAUUUGCACAAAACUUAUCCAUAAAAGUGAUUUAAUUAAUAAAUGGUGUACACUACAACCAGACCCUGAUGCCGCCGUUGCAAGAAGAUCGCAACAUUUCUUUUAUGAUUUAUACAAUGAACGACCCAUCCAAGUUAAUUGUUAUUUAGGUCUAAAUUCAUUUUGGUAUUUGCUAAAAGCCAUGUUUCUUGGAUUUUGGAUUAUUAUAUUCAGUCAAUUUAAUCGUACACGAAAUUUAUUAUUCAAAUAUCCAAGUUCAUUUAGUAAUGGUUUGUUUACUCACGAGGGGCCAAGUGAAGAAAGACAAGAAGGUACAGUGGUGAAUGUAAAACUACGUGGAAAAGGAUGGUGGGGAAUGUCACAAAACACAGUUGCCCUGAUUGAUUCUGCACCAAAUAAAGAAAUAAUUGCUAAAGUAUCUGGAAGAAAUCCAGGUUAUGGACUAUCUUGUGCUACUUUUGCUAUUUCUGCAAUAACGAUUCUUACUGAAUCAGACAAAAUGCCCUCAACGGGAGGUGUUUAUCCACCAGGUGUAGCGUUUGCCCAAACAACUAUGAUUGAGAAAUUACAUCUAAAUGGAGUUAAAUUUGAAUUGAUUUCUAAAAAUUAAUUGUACCAGAUUUUCCUUAGGAUUAAGAUUUAAGAUGGAGUGUUUAUUAUUAAGAUUCUAAAGGUUAAAUUCUCUAGAUUGGUUGUAAAUUAGGGUAUAUUAGUAUUUUUUAUAUCAUGUACUUCAUAAAUAAUCUAAAAAUAAAUAUUAAAAUUUAA